ACAGAGGAGCCCCACGCUAGAAGUUUUUGCGAGUGUUGAAGCCUGUGUACUCUGAAAUCGAAGAAAAGAGAUGGAGGGUUCGAAGACGAUCUCACAAGAAAUCGGAGGAAUCGAAAAGGAUGCUUUGCGUUUCGGAUUACAUGGAGUUAAGAGUGAAAUUGUUGGUGACCAUCCCCUCCAAUCAGCCCUGAAAUCGACGAGGAUAACAGAGAAGCAAAUGAAAAGAAAGAUCCUUGCUAGCACUUACGGGUCAGCUUUUCCAUUGAAGAUGGAUCUCGACAGGCAAAUCCUCUCCAGAUUCCAGAGGCCUCCAGGAGCAUUGCCGUCUUCUAUGCUAGGUUUGGAGGCUCUUACUGGAAUCUUAGAUGAGUUUGGCUUUGAAGAUUAUCACCCUGAUCCGCAUGAAUCAGAAACACUUUUACCUGUAGAUAUGCAUCAUGGAAUGGAAGUUCAUCUUGGGCUUUCCAAGGGACCAGCCUGCCCUGGUUUCAUCUGAUCUACUCCAUCAUUUACAUGUUGUUGUAGGGGAUGUGAUGUUUCCUUCUGUUUCCUUCUAUGAUUGCUAAAUGCAAUUGGAAUCUGAUUAUUCAUGCUGAUUGAAUUUUUGCAAUUGAAUAUCUGGAAACACACCUUAAGUUCA